AUGGACUAUUGGCUAAAAUUUGUCGAAUUCUAUUCUCACCGAAACUUCACAUAUGACAGUGAUAAGUUGAGAGCUAUCUCUGGAUGUGCCCAAUGGAUUAAAUCAAAGACAGGUGAUAACUAUCUGGCAGGCUUGUGGGCUUCUGAUUUUGAAACACAAAUAUUCUGGUACGCUGAAGCUCCAUCUUCUCGUCAAACUUUGUAUAGAGCACCAUCCUGGUCUUGGGCUUCACAUCCCGAUCAGAUUGGAAAUAUUGACCCUGUCACUACCCGUUUAGGUUCUCGGACAUAUCCCAGGAUCCCGCUUGGAAUCGACGACGUAAGAAUGACGGACAGUCUCACAUCUAAUGAGUUCGGCGAUGUUGUGAAGGGCUCUUUGCUUAUAAAAGGAGUGCUCAAGUCAUGGAAGAUGGGGGAGGGAAAAGUUGUAGCUGCCAAGUCGUGCAUGAGCGAGGCGGGUAUCUGUUUUGACGAAGAUAUCGAUGAAAUUUUAUUUUGCUUACAUGCGCGAGGCAUGGAAUACUUCUUAUUCUAUGCGUCCCCGGAGGAUACAUCACGAUAUUUUGCACUUAUACUAAGGAAAAUCGACGAAACAUUUAAACGAGUUGGUAUGGCAGCCAGUUCUGUUGAGGCAUUUGAUUUGUACAAAGAUGUUCAAGGCACAGCAGAGUUUAGUCUCAAUUGCACUCGGGUUGUGAGUAUUGAAUAA